UAGGCUUAGUGGAGGUUUGUCGAACAGCAAAACCGUAGCGUCCAGGAAACUGGUGACCGGCGGACGCCAUGUUGGAUCCGCUCAGCGGUGACUGCGUCACAGCGGAGGACGCCUGGUAGAGCCAAAAUGUGGAUAGUUUCUUCCCGUGACUGUCCUGUGCUUGGCAGGUGAUAAGUACAGAGUAGCUCCUCCUCAGUCUGCUACGGUAGCGCAAACCUGGACAACUGCAAUAAAGUAGCAGUACUUAAGUCACAGAGAUGGACACCUCCAAACUUCCCAAGAUCCAGGAUGAGGAGCGAGAAAGCCAGUUUGGAUAUGUACAUGGAGUUUCUGGACCAGUGGUGACAGCCACAGCCAUGGCUGGAGCUGCCAUGUAUGAGCUGGUUCGUGUGGGUCACAGCGAGCUGGUGGGAGAAAUCAUCCGUUUGGAGGGUGACAUGGCAACUAUUCAGGUCUACGAGGAGACAUCUGGUGUGUCCGUUGGUGACCCUGUCCUCCGGACGGGAAAACCUCUCUCUGUAGAGCUGGGACCUGGUAUCAUGGGCUCCAUCUUUGACGGUAUCCAGCGUCCACUAAAGGACAUUAAUGACCUCACUCAAAGUAUCUACAUCCCAAGAGGAGUGAACAUCGGUGCCCUUAACAGAGACCUCAAAUGGGAGUUUACUCCUGGCCAGAGUCUUCGAGUAGGCAGUCACAUAACGGGUGGGGAUAUUUAUGGUACGGUGUUCGAAAACUCCCUAAUCAAGCACAAGCUGAUGCUUCCUCCUCGCAACAGAGGCACCGUCACCUACCUGGCCCCUCCUGGGAACUAUGACAUUUCCGAUGUGGUUCUGGAGCUGGAGUUUGAGGGCGUGAAGGAGAAGUUCACCAUGGUGCAGGUGUGGCCGGUGCGACAAAUCCGCCCUGUGACGGAGAAACUACCUGCCAACCACCCACUGCUGACUGGUCAGAGAGUUCUGGAUGCCCUUUUCCCGUGCGUGCAGGGCGGCACCACUGCUAUACCAGGGGCCUUUGGAUGUGGAAAGACGGUGAUCUCCCAGUCACUGUCAAAGUACUCAAACAGUGAUGUCAUCAUCUACGUCGGCUGUGGAGAGCGUGGGAAUGAAAUGUCUGAAGUGCUGCGCGAUUUCCCUGAGCUUACUAUGGAAGUUGAUGGCAAAAUCGAGAGCAUCAUGAAAAGAACAGCUCUGGUCGCCAACACAUCCAACAUGCCGGUGGCUGCCAGAGAAGCUUCCAUAUAUACAGGGAUCACGCUGUCAGAAUACUUCAGAGAUAUGGGCUACAACGUGAGCAUGAUGGCCGACUCCACAUCCCGAUGGGCUGAGGCUCUGAGAGAAAUCUCCGGAAGACUGGCUGAAAUGCCUGCUGACAGCGGAUAUCCUGCUUACCUGGGUGCCAGACUGGCCUCCUUCUAUGAGCGCGCCGGGCGGGUGAAGUGCCUGGGGAACCCAGAGCGAGAAGGCAGCGUCAGCAUCGUCGGAGCAGUGUCGCCCCCUGGUGGGGACUUCUCCGAUCCUGUCACGUCAGCCACAUUGGGAAUUGUUCAGGUUUUCUGGGGAUUGGACAAAAAGCUGGCUCAAAGGAAGCACUUCCCCUCUGUAAACUGGCUCAUCAGCUACAGCAAGUACACGCGAGCUCUGGAUGAAUACUACGACAAGCAUUUCCCCGAGUUUGUCCCUCUUCGUACAAAAUCCAAGGAGAUUCUCCAAGAGGAGGAGGACCUGGCUGAAAUUGUGCAACUUGUAGGCAAGGCUUCCCUGGCAGAGACUGAUAAAAUUACUCUGGAGGUUGCUAAGCUCAUUAAAGAUGACUUCCUGCAGCAGAACGGCUACACCCCAUAUGACAGGUUCUGCCCCUUUUACAAGACAGUUGGCAUCCUCUCAAACAUGAUAGCGUUCUACGACAUGGCUCGACAUGCCGUGGAGUCCACGGCUCAGAGCGACAAUAAAAUCACCUGGGCCAUGAUCAGAGAGCACAUGGGCGAGAUCCUGUACAAGAUCAGCUCCAUGAAGUUCAAGGACCCUGUUAAAGAUGGCGAAGCCAAGAUCAAAGCGGACUAUGCCCAGUUGCUGGAGGACAUGCAGAACGCCUUCCGGACUUUGGAGGAAUGAGAAUCUGCCCCGUCAUCUCUUCUUCCAACUAUCCAAACCCAGUGCGGUGCAGCAACAACUGGCUCGUGUUCUGAAUGUCUGCCUCUGUCAUGUGAACUCCUGUGUGUGUUUACAUCCCUUUUGAACAUUCCAUGCCCCAUACAAAUUGUUUUCUUUAGUGGAUUUUUUUUGGUUUUGUUUCGGUAACCCUUCCCAUCAGAAUCAUGCUGCUGGAACUGCAGCAGAAGCAGCACAGGCCUUCUGCUCUGCAAACAGAGCAGCAGCCUGUCUCAGCCCAUCCCACAGUGGUUAUCGGUCAUCGGGGUGGUGGUCAAACUCAGUGGGGCCCAGUCAUGUGCUGCACUUACUAUCAAAAACUAGAUUUUAAAAAAGUGAAAAUGGAUAUAUCUUGUCCCCCAAGUGCAAUUCUGAUUAUUAAAAAGGGGAAAAGGAAAAUAGGUAAAGGGACAGAGUACUGUGUAUUCAGUGUGGGGGUUAAAGGCAUUCUUCCACCCCUUACCUCUUGAGUGUGAUCGUGGUGUUGUGGACUAUAUACUUGACAUAAUGUAUACAAAUGUGAAUGAAUGAAUCUAUUAGUGUGUGUUGUAAAAUUGUCUCACUAUUAUAGCCAUGGUUCAUUAAAUGUUUAAAACAAAUACUGAAAAAUUGUCAGCGCCAUUCAUUGUUCGCAUGCUCCCAUGUUUCUGGUCUUAUGGUUUUGGUAGUUGG